AUGGCGGAGCCGGAGGCCGCGCAGCCCGGGAGACCCCCGCCGGGUCCCGGGACGGCGGCAGCGCCGAGCGGGGGAACCGGGAGCGGGGCCGGGCCGGUUCCCGGAGCGGCGGGAGGGACGGGUUCCAGCGAUCCGGCCCGGCCCGGCCUCAGCCAGCAGCAGCGGGCGAGCCAGCGCAAGGCGCAGGUGCGCGGCUUCCCCCGCGGCAAGAAGCUGGAGAAGCUGGGGGUGUUCUCCGCCUGCAAGGCCAACGAUGCCUGCAAGUGCAACGGCUGGAAGAACCCCAACCCCCCCACGGCCCCCCGCAUGGACCUGCAGCAGCCGGUGACCAACCUGAGCGAGCCCUGCCGCAGCUGCAGCCACGCGCUGGCCGACCACGUGUCCCACCUGGAGAACGUCUCGGAGGAGGAGAUCAACCGGCUGCUGGGCAUGGUGGUGGACGUGGAGAACCUCUUCAUGUCGGUGCACAAGGAGGAGGACACGGACACCAAGCAGGUCUACUUCUACCUGUUCAAGCUCCUCAGGAAGUGCAUCCUGCAGAUGAGCCAGCCGGUGGUCGAGGGGUCGCUGGGGAGCCCCCCUUUCGAGAAACCCAACAUCGAGCAGGGAGUCCUGAACUUUGUGCAGUACAAGUUCAGCCACCUGCCCCCCAAGGAGCGGCAGACCAUGUACGAGCUCUCCAAGAUGUUCCUGCUCUGUCUCAACUACUGGAAGCUGGAGACGCCGUCCCAGUUCCGGCAGCGCUCGCAGAACGACGACGUGGCCACCUACAAGGUCAACUACACGAGGUGGCUGUGCUACUGCCACGUGCCGCAGAGCUGCGACAGCCUUCCCCGCUACGAGACCACUCACGUCUUCGGGCGCAGCCUCCUCAAGUCCAUCUUCACCGUCACCCGCCGGCAGCUGCUGGAGAAGUUCCGGGUGGAGAAGGACAAGCUGGUGCCGGAGAAGCGGACGCUGAUCCUCACCCACUUCCCCAAGUUCCUGUCCAUGCUGGAGGAGGAGAUUUACGGCGAGAACUCGCCCAUCUGGGAGGCGGAUUUCACCGUGCCGGCCACCGAGGGUGCCCAGCUGGUGUCGCGCCCAGCCGCGGUCAGCACCGUGGCCGUGCCCACCACGCCGCUCUUCAGCAAGAAGCUCAGCACCAGCAGCUCUGCCGCGAGCAUGGACGCCGGCACGCCGGAGCCCAUGCCAGGGGAGAAGCGGAAGCUGCCCGAGAGCCUGACGCUGGAGGACGCCAAGAGGAUCCGCGUGAUGGGCGACAUCCCCAUGGAGCUGGUGAACGAGGUCAUGCUGACCAUCACCGACCCCGCUGCCAUGCUGGGCCCCGAGACCAGCCUGCUGUCGGCGAACGCGGCGCGGGACGAGACGGCGCGGCUGGAGGAGCGGCGCGGCAUCAUCGAGUUCCACGUCAUCGGCAACUCGCUCUCGCAGAAGUCCAACAAGAAGAUCCUGAUGUGGCUGGUGGGCCUGCAGAACGUCUUCUCCCACCAGCUGCCCCGCAUGCCCAAGGAGUACAUCACCCGCCUCGUCUUUGACCCGAAGCACAAGACGCUGGCUCUCAUCAAGGACGGCCGAGUGAUCGGGGGGAUCUGCUUCCGCAUGUUCCCCACCCAGGGCUUCACGGAGAUCGUCUUCUGCGCCGUGACGUCCAACGAGCAAGUGAAGGGCUAUGGGACGCACCUGAUGAACCACCUGAAGGAGUACCACAUCAAGCACAACAUCCUCUACUUCCUCACCUACGCCGACGAGUACGCCAUCGGCUACUUCAAGAAGCAGGUGGGCUCCUUCCCCGGCUGGGGCUCCCCCCUUGGCCUCGUUCCCCUGCCUGCGAGCCCCCUCCCCACCUUCCGUCUCUUCCCCCCCUCCCCCCCCCCAGGGCUUCUCCAAGGACAUCAAGGUCCCCAAGAGCCGCUACCUGGGCUACAUCAAGGACUACGAGGGGGCGACGCUGAUGGAGUGCGAGCUGAACCCCCGCAUCCCCUACACCGAGCUCUCCCACAUCAUCAAGAAGCAGAAGGAGAUCAUCAAGAAGCUGAUCGAGAGGAAGCAGGCGCAGAUCCGCAAGGUGUACCCGGGGCUCACCUGCUUCAAGGAGGGCGUGCGGCAGAUCCCCAUCGAGAGCGUCCCCGGCAUCCGAGAAACGGGCUGGAAACCUCUGGGGAAGGAAAAAGGCAAAGAGCUGAAGGACCCAGACCAGCUCUACAACACCCUCAAGAACCUCCUGGCCCAGAUCAAGACCCACCCCAGCGCGUGGCCCUUCAUGGAGCCGGUGAAGAAAUCGGAGGCGCCGGACUACUACGAAAUCAUCCGCUUCCCCAUCGACCUGAAGACGAUGACGGAGCGCCUGAAGAACCGCUACUAUGUCACCAAGAAGCUGUUCAUCGCCGACCUGCAGCGCAUCAUCACCAACUGCCGCGAGUACAACCCGCCCGACAGCGACUACUGCAAGUGUGCCAACACCCUGGAGAAGUUCUUCUACUUCAAGCUCAAGGAGGGGGGGCUCAUCGACAAGUAGGGGGGUGGGCCUGGACUCCUGGGGCUGCUGCCAGGCCCUCCCCCGGUCCUUGCCUGCAGCCGGGGAGGGGCAGGGCUGCUCUCUCCCCAAGGGCGCCUGCGGGAAGCGGCCCUGCUCCCUGGAUUAGGGUUUGCUGCUGAACAGCCUGGGGGUGUUCCCCCUGGGGGGGGGGGGGGGUGCCGGGGUUUAUCCCUGCACUGGCAGCCCCCCAUUCCUAGGGGAAGGUGAGGGGCGGGGGGGUUUGGAGCGGAGCUGCCUCUCCCCUGGGGCUGUGCCUUCUGCCCCCUGCUCUCGGUGCCGGGGCAGGGCCCCCCCCGUGUCUUGGUGCCAGGGCAGGACCCCCCCUGUGCUUUAAGUUUCUGCAGGGGCCUCGCCUCCUGCUCCCGUCCACGCACAGGCAGCGCCUGUUCCUCCUCUUGAAUGUACGGCAGGCCCCCCCCCCCUGCCUGCUGUGGGGCAGAGACCCCGCUCCUGGGCUCGGGGGGGGGUCCCUGCUCCUGCUGCCUCUCUAUCAGCUCUUCCCCGGGGGCAGGGGCGCUGCACCAUCCCCUCCCAGCUCCCCCUUGCCUUGCUGGGGGCACCUGGGGGGGUCUCAUCCUGGCUCCUGCUCCCCCUUGCUCUGUGAGCCAGCUUCAGCAGCGUGGUGCUGUGGGGCUGGCUCUUGCUCGCAUCCUUUCCUCGCCCCCCCCCCCCCCCAUCCUUGACCCCGUUUACCCCAUGGGAGCAGGGCUGGGGCGUAGCAUUAAUUUAUCCCCUGCUUGGUCGCCUGCUGCCUUAUUGCCCGUGGCUGUCCUUGGUGGGGGGUGCUGGUGCCCCUCUGGGGUCCUGCUGGCCUUGCUGGGGGGGGCGGACUGGACCUCGUCCAGCCCUUCCCAUCUGCCCAUUCCACGUGACUGUUUUUUUUUUUAUUUGGGUUGUUGUCGUGUUUAUUUGUUGUUUUUUUUUUUAAAUAAAUGUACUUGUGCACACCC